AUGUCCGGAAGUAAGGCUUCGCAAGCCUUUGGCGGCUUCUCAACGCUUCCCGUCGCGUAUGCAUCCUCGGAGCACAUCAUCUAUCUGCGCGCGCAGGCGGGCGCUGCCAAGGGGAAGAGUGCUAUUUCUUGGCCAGAGGACAGGACAAUGUUUAUGGUCAAUCUACCGCCGGAUGCUACAGAGCGAGAACUUGUACUGCUCUUCAAAUCUUGCGGAACUGUCGAGCGCGUGGUCUUCGACUCUGACGAGAAUCGGGGACUUGCCGACGAAGAGGGGUUGAGCGACGAAGAGGAGGGGAUGGACGAGGACGAGGAUUCGGACGAGGAGCAGCCCCGCAAAAGGCGAAAGGUGGCGCAAGGAGACGAUACGCCCCGGCCGCCCAAAGUCGUACCUUUACCCGCUUUGGGCACUCGCAGGCUGCGCCGAACAGGACAUACUGCACACGUCAUCUUUCUGGACGCCUCUUCUUGCGAACGUGCUCUUGCUCUGUCACCCUCGACAUCGUCUUGCAAGAAAGCGACUACGCAAAGCCGUCCAUGGCCGACAGAUGACCUUGCGCCGUCCGGAAUUGCCCAUUACACGACACUAUAUGACGCCCUUCGACCGCCACUCGACGUUGUACUUGCUCACGCGAAUACAUCUGUUGAGCUCUUCGAUUACCAACAGGCUGAGAAAAAACGCGCCUUCCAACGCGAGUCGAAGUACCGCAAGGGCGAAGCGAUUGUCGACGAAGAUGGGUUCACGCUCGUUACGCGCGGCGGUGCAUACGGAAAAGCUGUCGGUGGUGGUGUGGGGGUUGCAAGCAAAAAGUUUACGCUUGCGCGGGGACGGAAGGCAGCCCAUGGUGAAGGUCGGAAACGGAAGCAUAAGGACGAGAAGGAGAAAGACGCUUUCUAUGCUUUCCAGGUUCACGAGAAAAAGCGCAAAGCGCUCAUGGACCUCAAGGAGAAAUGGGAGCAAGACAAAGCGGCGGUAGAGAAGUUAAGGGCUUCGCGCAAAUUCAAACCCUAUUGA